AUGUGCCGUAGUUGACAACUCGCAAUAACAGCAAGCGAGAAGCUUUGGAUGAGAAAGAAGUCGGGGCGCUUGGAUUCACCAAAAAUAUUUACACUUUUUAGCUCAUCGUUCACAUCGUUCGGUUAUCGUCCUCAUCAUCAGUGCGAAAGGCGCGCAAAGCUAAAACGGUAUUCUGCGGCCAGAGUUUGAAAGACAAUCUCGCUAAAGCGAGCGCGCUGGCAUCAUCCGACGGAAUAAUUUACUUGGCGUGGACUAACACCGACUCGAUGGAACUGAUUAACACAGACGCAAAGCCGAAAUCUGCAUCCAAUGUACAGAAGGAGGAACUGGUGCUUAUAUUCGAGGAAUAUCAACAGAAGGGCAAGCUGGAAAACUUGGAUGACAGCAAAGAGCGUCAAAGGUUUUGGAUGGAAGCGACGCAACGUUUGAACAAAAUCGACGGUGGCACAGUGAAAUCGUGCUCGAAAUGGGUAAAGUAUUGGGCGGACGUGCUGAUCAACCUGCGCCGCAAAUGUCGGCUAGUGGUGGAAGGCCGCUCGAAGCGCAUCGGUCCAACACCGUUCGAGGUGCGCAUCAUGCGUGUGGGCAACCUGUACGAUGUGCUCGAACAGUGGACGAAGGCCGUCGAAAACGGCAGCGAGAUGAGCACGAUGCAGACUGUCGAAGAAGAUUACUAUCCGGAGGACACCGGUGUGCAGAAGGAAGAAAUAGUGGUGGAAAACUAUACAGAAGAUCCGCUGGACGAAGAGUUUGUGGCCACCUUUGCCAAACCUGAGGAAGAGACCGCACAACAAACCGUCACCACCCAGUUGCACAUAAGAAAACACUCAUCCGAAGCCUACAAACCGAUGGUCAGUACCUCCACGGCGGAGUAUCUAGAACUAACGACCCUGCAAAAUGCAACGAGUGAAUUUUUACGGCCCAAGACUAGCCUGCCGCAGUCACAACCGCAGGCUCGGCUGAAGGAGAGUCUGAAACGUACUACAGAAAAGCUGGAAACCGUGAUGAAGAAGCGAAAAAUUGAUGACUCCCAGUUUGCCAUUGCCCAGGCCCUCACGAACAUGUCCGCCGCAAUAUUGGCCCUUUCGACGAGCCUCAACGAUUUGGCUCAUGCGCUCUCGAACGGCACCAUGCCGUGAGCUGCGGCACAACGAAUAAGCCUGCGUAAGUACUGCAACUACGUU